AUCCGACGAAAGCGAGAGACCGAGGACAUCCUGUCAACGGUAAUUCCUACCAAACCCGCAGAUUCGACCUUACUCUCAAAUCGUGUCGUCGCAUUUCAAUACAAUAAUUCAAAUUCGUUUCAGCUACUUCAAUCAAUUAAGUAUCCGUAUUUUGCGUAGUUUUGUCUUCGUACUGGCCUGAAGAACGGAUCAGACCGCAUAAGCAAAAUGGGAAUGACGAUGGCUGGAGUUGAUCCCCUCGGUGAAAAAGCUGUUAAUAUGAGAGAGUCGCUCCAGAAAAGCCAGAUCAUAACAGACGACGUUGUUGCAAUUAUGAGUUCCUUUGACCAUCGGCUCUCCGCCCUUGAAACUGCCAUGCGUCCUACUCAGAUUAGAACGCAUUCUAUUCGGAAGGCUCAUGAGAAUAUUGACAAGACGUUGAAGGCUGCAGAGGUCAUUUUGGUUCAAUUCGACCUAUAUCGUCAGUCGGAAACAAGGGUACUGAAAGGGCCACAUGAAGACCUGGAGAAUUAUCUUAAUGCAAUUGAUCAGCUAAGAGGCAGCAUUCAAUUUUUUGGCAAUAAGAAGGGCUUUAAGAGUGGUGAUGAUGUUGUCAGCCAAGCCAAUAAUUUAGUAGCUAAAGCCAUUUCUAAGUUAGAAGAUGAGUUUAAACAGCUGUUAUUAUCUAACAGCCAAGCUGUGGAACCUGAGCGCCUUUUUGAUUGCCUUCCAAACACGAUGCGGCCAUCCUCAAGUUCACCUGGCCACGAGGGGGAUUCUAUUGGCAAGAAUCCUUCCAAUAAUCAUUCUGAUUCACAAAAUAAUAACAUGGAUGCUUUUGUAUACACACCUCCUGCUCUUGUACCUCCGAAAAUUUUGGCACUGCUCCAUGAUUUAGCAGAGCAAAUGGUUCAAGCUGGUCAACAGAAAAAGUUACUCAAAAUAUACAGAGAUGCCCGUUCUGAUGUAUUGGAAGAAAGCCUGCACAAACUGGGAGUUGAGAAGCUUAGCAAAGAUGAUGUACAAAGGCUACAAUGGGAGGUUUUGGAGGCCAAAAUUGGAAAUUGGAUUCACUUCAUGCGUAUAGCUGUCAAAUUAUUAUUUGCUGGUGAGCAGAAAGUUUGCAAUCAAAUAUUUGAAGGAUUUGAUUUACUCAGCGAUCAGUGCUUUGCUGAGGUGACUAAAAAUAGUGUCUCCAUGCUACUUAGUUUUGGAGAAGCCAUUGCCAAAAGCAAGAGAUCACCAGAAAAGUUAUUUGUCCUUUUGGACAUGUAUGAAAUAAUGCAAGAGCUUCGUUCAGAGAUGGAGACACUGUUUGAAGGGAGAGCUUGCACUGAAAUCAGGGAAGCUGCGUUGGGUUUGACAAAACAGCUUGCACAAACUGCCCAAGAGACAUUUGGAGAUUUUGAAGAAGCAGUUGAGAAGGAUGCUACAAAAACUGCUGUGACAGAUGGAACUGUUCAUCCUUUGACCAGCUACGUGAUUAACUAUGUGAAAUUUUUAUUUGACUACCGGUCCACACUGAAGCACCUUUUCCAAGAAUUUGCUGAGAGAGAUGAAAUUUCAGAGCUGGCCUCUGUAACAAUGCGAAUAAUGCAAGCUCUGCAAACCAAUUUAGAGGGAAAAUCAAAGCAGUAUAAAGAUCUUGCUUUGACUCAUCUAUUUCUCAUGAAUAAUAUUCAUUAUAUUGUCAGAUCGGUACGGAGGUCUGAAGCCAAGGAUUUAUUAGGGGAUGAUUGGGUACAACGACAUAGGAGGAUUGUGCAGCAGCACGCAAAUCAUUACAAAAGAAAUGCAUGGGCAAAGGUACUUCAAUGCCUCUCCAUCCAAGGCCUCACCUCAUCAGGUGGUGAUGGAGGAACUAGUAGCAGUGGUGCUUCAAGAGCAAUUGUUAAAGACAGAUUUAAAACUUUCAAUAUGAUGUUUGAGGAAAUACAUCAGAAACAAUCUCAAUGGACAGUUCCCGACACGGAGUUGCGAGAAUCACUUAGGCUUGCUGUUGCUGAAGUCUUGUUGCCUGCUUAUAGAUCAUUUGUAAAACGUUUUGGGCCUCUUGUAGAGAAUGUAAAGAAUGCUCAGAGAAUCAUCAGAUACACACCGGAAGAUCUAGAAAGAAUGCUGGGUGAAUUUUUUGAAGGAAAAAGCAUAAAUGAAAUGAAGCGGUAAAUGAAGAAUUGAUAAGAGGGAAGCAAAUAAAAAGGAGGUACCAUUUGUAUCUCUAUGUCCCAUUGAUCCUUUUAAAGAGUAAGAAUGUCCCUUGCUGCUUUUUAAGAUUGCGUGUAUAGUUAUUUCGUUAUAAAGUAAGCCUAUGGUUGUUUAAGCUAUGAAAUUUUUCUUUUCUUUCUGAGAAUGCGUGUGUAGCCAUGGAUUCACUGCAAGAGCAAUAGGUGUUUGAGAUAAACACUGGAGAAAUUCUUCUGGUCCUAAUCGAUAAUAAUUGUCCCAA